AAAGCUUUCCCAUAUUACUCGGUAUUGUGAUAGGUAUAUACCUCGAUUUUUUGUGUCCACGCGGAAGAGAUUAAAUAAAGAGAAAGGGGAAGAUUUAGGGAACUAUGGGUCCUCCGGGUAUCAUGUGGGCGUCGUCACGGAUCACGCAUCCGGAGAGGCUUUCGGUGGAUAAGUAUUCGGACUGGUAUGAGAAUAAACAUAUCAAAGAUGUCCUCGUAUUACCUGGUGCUGUGGCUGCAGUCAAGUACCAAGCUGUGGAGCGGCCGGUAAAGGAUGGAGGUGAAGAGAGGACGUAUAGUGGGGAUAUGCCUUGGUUGGUCGUAUACGAACUCCCAGAUAUGGUUGGCUUUCGCGAAUCGGACGGCUUCAAGAACAUGUCUCAACGCAAUCCGCCGACCCAAGCGGAGAUUGACACUAUCUACAUGAACACCCAGUUUGCUAUUCGAUUCUAUGAGGAAGUGCAGCGUUUUGAGGGAGAGAAGGCCAAGGAGAAUGGCGCUCUUGAGCCGCCUUCUGACAUUGCUUCCACCACCGACUUCGACAAAUGGUACCGCGAAGAGCAUAUCCCCCUGCUCUCCCGCAUGCCAGGCUUCAUCCGUUCGCGGCGCUACGAGGUCAAGACCGCGUACACGAUCAAACAGCUUCAGCCCUCGGAUGACAUGCAGAUCGUGCCAAAGUACUACGCGCUGCAUGAAUUUGGGGGUGAGGCGCUGCCAUGGAAGCAGAUUGAGGAGAGCGUGGGUACGGAGUGGGCAAAGAAGGUAAUGGGGAGUGUGCAGAAGGCGGAGGUGGGAUGGUACAAGGUUAAGAGGGUUUAUCCUGAGAGUGAGUGGGGGAGUGUAGGAAACUAAGUAUGAUCACCUGCCAAUCACAAUAAGAAAUAAAGAGCUCGAUAAACUGCAUGUACAUGUCUCACUCCUUUCU